AUGGACAGAUGGAGUUGCCGGACGCCGGUGAUGGUGUUCUUCAUGAUUCUAUUGAAGGUAAGUUCAGAGACAAUUGAAGUGAGGCAAGCAUUGGUUCAGUUCAUGGGAAACAUGAAUCCCGGAAAUGCUCCCGGGAGAGAUGCUAAUUGGGGAUGGAAUUCCAGUUCAGACCCCUGCAUUGCACAAUGGAAAGGAGUUCGUUGUCUCAAUUCAUCAUCCGUCAAGAAAAUUGUUCUUGAUAACUUCAAUCUUAGUGGGAUCCUUGAUGCUAAAUCGUUGUGCGCGACAAAGUCUCUGGCGGUUUUCAGCCUGAAUAACAACAAUGUGGGAGGAAAUUUAGCAGAGGAGAUAUCAAAUUGCAGCCAUUUGACACAUUUGUAUCUUUCCAGGAAUAAUUUCACAGGCAGCCUUCCUAGUACUCUUGCAAGGUUGAAUAACUUGAAGAGACUCAACAUUUCAAACAACGGGUUUUCAGGUGUAUUGCCAGAUUUGCAAAGAAUUUCAGGAUUAGUAACUUUCAGGGCUGAAUACAAUCAUCUUAGUGGGCAAAUUCCAGAUUUUGACUUCUCCAACCUCAAUGAUUUUAAUGUUUCAUACAACAACUUCAGUGGUCCUAUUCCUGAUGUAAAUGGCCAUUUAAACUCAAGCAGUUUCUUAGGAAAUCCUGAAUUAUGUGGACUUCCAUUAACAAAUGCCUGUCCAACUCCUCCAUCUCCGACACCUUCAACCCCGAAGCACAAGCAUUCAUCAAUCAAACAGUAUCUCAUCUAUUCUGGCUAUGGGAUUCUUGCGCUCGUUUUCAUUCUCCUACUUCUGUAUAAAGCUAUUAAGGUAAAGAAGAAUAAAGAUGGUGGUAAAAGAUCAUCAGGACUUGAAAUUGUAAGUAGCAAGCCUACUAGCACAUCUAGUGAAUUCAAGCCUGAGGAAAGCAGGUCAGAAUUUUCCUUAACGUCGCCUGAAAACAAUGGAAAGGCUUCAUCACUAGUUGUUCUUUCUAGUCCAGUUGUCAAUGGACUGAAAUUCGAGGAUCUGCUUCGGGCACCUGCAGAAUUGGUUGGAAGAGGAAAACAUGGAACCCUUUACAAGGUCACACUUAAUCCUCUAGUGAAUGUUGCAGUGAAAAGAAUCAAGGAUUGGGAGAUUUCGGGCGAUGAUUUUAAGAGUAGGAUGCAGAGGAUAAACGAAGUGAAGCAUCCAAAUGUUUUGCCAGUUGUUGCCUAUUAUUGCUCGCAGCAGGAGAAGCUCCUGGUUUAUGAAUUUCAGCACAAUGGAAGUCUCAGCAAAUACCUUAAUGGGUCCAGAAAUGGUGAAACUUUUGACUGGGGAAGCAGAUUGAAUGUUGCAGUUAGAACGGCGAAUGCAUUAGCUCACAUGCAUGAGGAGCUUCAAAAUGAUGGAAUUUCUCACGGCAACCUUAAAUCCUCCAAUAUAUUACUGAACAAGGACAUGGAACCCUGCAUCAGUGAAUAUGGCCUAAUGGUUGUUGAAAAUGAAGAUGAAGAGUUCAUCACAGAUACCACAAGCAUAGACAUCGACAACAACGCAACGCGAAAUCUCUUCAAAUCGGACAUAUAUGCCUUUGGUCUGAUUCUCCUUGAGCUUCUGACCGGCAAACUUGUCCAAAAUCGGGCAUCUGACUUGGCGAAGUGGGUGCACGCCGUUGUAAGAGAAGAAUGGACAGCUGAAGUUUUCGACAAAGUACUGAUUUCUGAAGGUGCAAGUGAGGAGAGGAUGGUGAAUUUAUUGCAGGUUGCUUUGAAAUGCAUCAAUCCUUCUGUGGAUGCAAGGCCAAAUAGUAGCCAAGUUGCUGCUGUGAUAAAUGCAAUCAAAGAAGAUGAGGAGAAAUCCACUUUUAGUAGUGCUGAGCUCUGA